AUGGCCCCCUCCCAGCUCCCCCCGGUUUUCAACCCUACCUCCCAGGACAUUGAGAUGCUCCUGGCUGCUCAGUGCCACCUGGGUUCCAAGAACUUGCAGGUGCACAUGGAGCCCUACCUCUGGAAGACCCGUGCCGAUGGUAUCAAUGUCAUCAACAUCGGCAAGACCUGGGAGAAGAUUGUCCUGGCCGCCCGUAUCAUCGCCGCCAUCGACAACCCCGCUGAUGUGUGUGUCAUCUCCGCUCGUCCCUACGGCCAGCGUGCUGUCCUGAAGUUCGCCUCCCACACCGGUGCUACCGCCAUUGCUGGUCGUUUCACCCCCGGUAACUUCACCAACUACAUCACCCGCUCGUUCAAGGAGCCCCGUCUCAUCAUCGUGACCGACCCCCGCACCGAUGCUCAGGCUAUCAAGGAGGCCAGCUACGUCAACAUCCCCGUCAUUGCCCUCUGCGACACUGACUCCCCCACCGACUUCGUCGACGUUGCCAUCCCCACCAACAACAAGGGCCGUCACUCCAUUGGUCUCGUCUGGUGGAUGCUCGCUCGUGAGAUCCUCCGUCUCCGUGGCACUCUCGCCACCCGCGAGACCGAGUGGGACACCGUUGUUGAUCUCUACUUCUACCGCGACCCCGAGGCUGAGGAGAACAAGGAGAUUGCUGAGGAGGCCAAGGUCGCCAGCGCCGAGGAGGUUGGCGCCGGUGCUAUUGAGUCCGGCUUCGCCGGCGAUAACUGGGAUGCUUCCGCCCCUGGUGCUGGCCAGCCCGGCACUGCCUUCGCUGCCGCCAGCGCCGCUGUUGGUGCCACCAGCUGGGAGGCUGACGGUGCCGACUGGGCCGCCAGCUCCGCCCCCCAGGGUGGUGAGUGGGCCGAGGCUCAGCCCGCCACCACUGAGACCAAGUGGUAA